UUUUGACAGGAUGCCUGCGAAGAAGCACUCCUUCGUAGUGCUGCAAACCUUGCAAAAGAUUACGCGAUAUCUGGCUUUGACUUAGGUGUGAUGACUUGUUGCUUAUCAGUAUCCCGCAACGAGAUAGUUUGAGAUUGAACUUGAUUGGCUUAACUAGGUCGGUGCUGAACAUUACGAGAAGUCACGGGCGCAAUGUCCCCUCAGUUGUCUCGAACACAUCGGUUAAGGCCUAGGUAGUCGGAGAGUGACAAGUGCAUUUGUGAAAUCUUACGAAUUAUCGUCUACUUACGCGGUACAUUGGUUGGCAUUAAAUCCCCUCCUAAGCGUUACAAUACCCACUACAAAAACCGGCAUGUUACGUUAACUAAUAAAAUACUUCCAAGACAAUCAUAACGAUAAAUAAAUUCGAUCAUCAAACAGCGAAAAUUCCACGUAUCCAAAAUCGUCAUAUGUUCUGUACAGGAAAAAUUCCCUAAGCAUUUAAACAAAGGCGGAAAUAUAGGAUCAUGUCGAUAUCCAAAACGAUUCGAGGGUUUGGCAACUUCGUCAAGAGGAAGCCCUUGAUCUUCAACUCUUUGGUGUACGGGACUUUUUACACCAGCGCAGAAUUUGCGAGACAAACCUUCUCAAAAAGCUCAAAUGUCGUUCGAGGGGAUCCAGAAGUGUCAAGGCAUAUGCAGAGAAGCUCCUUCAAGGAACCGGUCGACUCCAAGGGCGUGUUUAGGUGGAUGGAAAAAUUCAACAGGACCUUGGGUCUGGACCAGGACUCCCAGUGUUCCCCUGAAGAUUACAACUGGUCCCAACUAAGAAGAUACACCAUCUACGGGUGCGCUCUAGCGGGUCCACUUCUCUACGGAUGGUACAGAUGGCUGGACGCAACGUACACCGGCACGUCGACGAAGAUCGUCCUGAAGAAGCUCUUCGUGGACCAGUUCAUCCUGACCCCGCCAUUGAUAAUGCUCUUCUUCGUCAGCAUGAGCUUGAUGGAAGGUAGAGCGAGCGUCCUCGAAGAGUGCAAGUCAAAAUUCGUGAAAACCUUCCGGACCUCGUGCCUUUACUGGAUCCCCGUGCAGUUCAUGAACUUCCUCCUGGUGCCGCCGAGUUUCCGAGUUCUCUACGUGAGCGUGGCCUCGUUUUGUUGGGUCAACAUUUUGUGUUACCUGAAGAGUCUACCUGCCAAUCGCGACGAGCCGAUGCAAGGAUCAUCGACAUGAGGGGCCGACAUUUUAGAAAAUCCCGAGAUGAGCGACAUCAUCGAGAAGACCCUGACAAAUCGACCGUCGAGGGCCCACAAGAUACGCAUUUAAAUGCCCGUAUUGGACUUCGACAAACCUUGUCCUGGCACCGUUAUUAAAUAAUACAGAAUGUAAGCCCAGAUUAAAGUGAAAAGACAUACAUGCGAUAACGAUGUCGAGCUCUUGAAACAUUCUUUUAGAUCACGGCUCU